AUGUCAUUAUCAAAUGAAAAUAAUAUCUUAUCUGCUAUUGGAACUCGAACAAUUUUAAAUUUAUUUUGUAAAAUUUUAUUUCGUUUUCUACAUUUUUUUCUAAAUGGUCUUAUUCUUCGUCAAAUUGAUGUUAAUAUAAUUGGCAUAGCCAAUGUUCGACUUCAAUUACUUUAUACAACAAUAUUAUUUCUAUCUCGUGAAGCAUUUCGUCGUACAGUACCGAGAUUAAAUGAUUUACAUUCAAUUCAUCAUUAUAUUAAUUUAACAUGGUUCAUUAUUCCAGUUGGUUUAUUCAUUAUAUCAUUAGUACUACCAUUUACAUUAUUUGUUCAAACAGAUAAUGCAGAAAAAUAUCCUUUUUAUUAUCAUGCAUGUUUCUUCUAUACUUUAGCAGCAUUCAUUGAACUUUUAUCUGAACCAUUUUAUUUAUUAGCUACUGUUACACUUAAUUAUCAUAUUAAUAUUUAUAUUGAAAUGUUCGCUUCAACUCUAGUAUAUAAGAAUGGUGAAUGUGCACUUUAUUAUUAUGGCUUUGGUUAUAUAAUAUAUUCGUUAUCAAUAACAUUAAGUUAUUAUAUAUAUUUUAUAACUUGUAAAACUGAAGAACGUAUUCGUUUAUUUAUAAUAUCAUCAUUUAAAGAUUUAAUAAUAAAACCAACACAUCCAUAUACUGAUCCAAAAUUAUCAAAUGAAACAAAAACAUUUUUUUCUCAAGGAAUUUUGAUGAAAUUUUUAACUGUAGGCGAAAGAUAUAUAAUUUCUUUAUUCAAUUUUAUUUCAUAUAAAGAUCAAGCUAUAUUUGAUAUAAUUAAUAAUUUAGGUUCACUUUUACCACGUUUAAUUUUUUCAACAUUAGAAGAAAGUGCUUAUGUUUAUUUUCAACAAACAUUAUCAAGAACUAAAGAUGAACAUAUUCAAGAUGAUCAAUGGCAAGAGGAACAAUUAUCAUCACCAUCAGGACAAAAAACAAUAAAAUUCAAUGCAUUAACAUUUUAUAAUUAUUUACUUCGUUUUGUAACAAUAAUAUCAUUAUUAGUAAUAACAUUUGGUAUUCCAUAUUCUUCAACUCUUCUUUAUAUUUAUGGUGGUUCAAAUUUAAUUGAAGAUUCAGGUCCAACACUUCUUCGUUUAUAUUGUAUAUAUAUAUUAUUUCUUGCAAUAAAUGGUAUAACAGAAGCAUUUUCUCAAGCAACAAUGUCAAUAAAACAAUUAAAAAAUUAUAAAAAUACAAUAUCAAUAUUUGCUCUAAUAUAUUUUGGAAUAUUUUAUAUAUUAAUUAAUAAAAUAGGUAUAUAUGGAAUAAUAAUAGCUAAUUGUUUAAAUAUGUUAUUACGUAUAAUAACAAAUAUAUAUUAUGUUAAUCAAUAUUUUGAUUGGACAAUUCAAUGGUCAAAACCAUUUCAAUUUUCAUAUUAUUAUGUAUUAAUAUUAGUUUUUUCAUUAUUUAUUUGUUAUUAUACUGAAAAAUGUAGUAGUCAAUCAGUUCAACAUCCACUAUCUAAUAAACGUGAAGCAUUACGUUUAAAAAAUUUACUACCAUCAAUGUUAUGUAAACUAGUAAUAAGCUCAAAAGCAAUAUCAUGUGCACCAAUUACAUUUAAUCGUGUAAUACAAACAUUAUUAGAUGAAAAAACACCACCAAUUAGUUAA